CUCGCACUCACUCUCGCUUCCUCUCGCUAUGCUUCGAUAACCAGAGUUCUGCCCACCGCAUCCGCCAUGUCGUCUGGCGGAGAACGCAAGGCCUCGAGCUCGCUCAACCGCAGCACACGAGGCACCGCCCCGCGCCUCGCCGACCUGGGAGAGUCGCCACGAACGCCGCUCCUCCGCUCCAUCUCGUCUACCUUUGGCUCGCCCGGCGGCUCCUUCCGCUCCGAAGACGAGUAUGUCGUCAUUGAGGUCGGCUCGCGCUUUGUGCGUGGAGGCUUUCCAGGCGAGAGUGCCCCACGAUGCACCCUCGCCUUCGGACCCGACGACCAGCGCAGGGUGGGCGACUACAGGCAGUGGGACCCCGAAUACUCGCAGAAGAGACCCAAGCGCAAGAUAGGCGAGGAGUGGGGGCAAGAGCAUGAGCUGUACCGCCUGGACCUGAGCAACGUCGACCUCGGGCUCGUGGAAGACAAGUUCGAGAGGGCCAUGCGCGAGGCAUACACCAAGUAUUUUCUGCUCGACACCAAGCCCCGCCGGGUUCUGCUGGCUAUGCCGCCUCGCCUGCCGCACGCCUUGAUGUCCACCGUCAUGGAUGUGCUGUUCACCAACUUCCAGGCCCCGAGCGUAUCCCUCAUGUCGACUCCUGUACUCUCGGCUGUGGCAGCUGGACUGCGCUCAGCUCUGAUUGUAGAUGUAGGCUGGGCUGAGACAGUAGUCACGGCAGUAUAUGAGUAUCGCGAAGUGGCUGAGAGGCGCAGUGUGCGGGCAGGCAAGAUGCUCAGCGAAGAGAUGGCCAAGCUGCUGAACACUGAGCUGGACAAUGCUGAGCCCAAUGCACCAAAGGCAGACAUAUCGUUCGAGGAGGUCGAAGAGGUCCUCACACGCGUCGCAUGGUGCAAGCCCAUUGCUAGAUCAAAUCGAAAAACUCUCUACUUCCCUGCACGAGAAGCUCCCGUACUCGAAGAAUUCGAAGACGCCGUCGAGUCACCACCACCCACUGUUACUAUUCCCUUUCCAAAACACAUGCCUCCUACCGACUUGACAAUUCCUUUUGCAUCCCUCGCCAAACCCACAGACGCUGCCCUCUUUGCGCCAGAACUAUCAAUAAGCGAAUUCGACGAUGAAGACCUCCCGCUGCACCAACUCAUAUACCGCACCCUUGUACACCUGCCAGUCGACGUUCGUCGGCUAUGCAUGUCACGUAUCGUUAUCACAGGCGGCGUGUCGAAUAUGCCUGGUCUCAAGACGCGCAUAAUGAAAGAGCUGGAUGCAUUGGUGCAGACGAAGGGCUGGGAUCCCGUCAAGAGCUAUGGCAAAGCAAGCGCACGCCGAGAAGAGAAGCUACGCAGCCAACGGGAGAACACAGAGGCGCGUCGACAAGAGGGCCAGGAUACGGUGGCAUCUUCGCUCCAUCUAGAUGGUCAUACUCCAAUAGUGCCAGCCGCGUUCCAACCACCUGAAGAAGAUGCCAUAGAUGCCAAAUUGACUCAGAUGGCUUUCCGAAACGGUCCGCCGCGUGCAAGCUUGGUAGGUGGCAUUCUCAGAUGUGUCGAGACAUUGGGUCCAUGGGUAGGCGCAAGCCUUGUUACUCAGCAACGCAUCAAGGGUAUUGUCGAGGUGGAACGCGAAAGAUACCUCAAAGAUGGCCUUCAGGGCGCAUCUCGCGACAAGGAAGUGUCCGUCAUUCCCCAGAGACAGAGCAUGGGCCCAGGGCUAUCCAACAAAGGCGGGGAGAGGGCUAGCUGGACACUUGGUGUGUGGGCAUAAGUUUGCAGCUGUGCGUGAAUGGCGCAACACUUUUAAAAUUUCUGGUCUAAAUCGCGUUGAUACCCCUUUUAGUUAUGUCGCGGCUGUCGAGUGGCAUGCGUAACCCCACCUCUGGCCAUAUACCAUUACCACUGUAAUGGCCUGACUUUCAUGCUCAAACAUGAUAGAUUUUUGCAUCCUAUCGGCUUGCUUCGAUUCUUGUGCAAAGGCACAACCCAGCAAGUGGGCAUUUGGUCAUCUUCGCUUCCACUCUGCUAUUUGCUGAUGUUGCAGCUUGCACAUUUGCAUGCUUAUCGACCCCGUCUUACAUGAACAGUAGUACGUUUGCGUAUUUU